AUGAAGUCAUUAUCGCAGAGUGAGGCGACCAGCGUCUUGCCAUCCCCAGGCUGGCCUUCUUGCAAAGAUCAUUCUCUGUAUGCUGAGUCUUUUCAAGCCUAUGCAAACCAACAGCUUGAUAUGGCUGGUGGAACUUUCGUCAUGCAAUCGCUUAAGGGACAAGAAGGACGGGAAUUACUCAUCCCAAAACAGCAUUGGGCGGCCGUGAAACCACAGAUCCGCUCGGUGAAGAUACAACGGCCACCCACACCAGGCAUGGGGUUCUGUGAUAUCUUAUUCUUAGCUAUGGUUUGUGCGGGGAUCUUUAUGGCAGGUGUCAUCAUUGGAAUCCAACUUCGUGGCCCUUAUAAGUACGACGUCGUAGGCUCAAUCCGGAUCCAAGUCAUCCAGAUUGAAUGCUAUCUUGAAGAACACUGAACCGUGCAGGGGUGGGUCUUGAACGAACCUAUAAUUGUAGUUGAAGGACCAGACGAGAAUCCAUGGACUUGCUAGAUAAGAAAAGUACAGCGGGAAUACCCACACCAACCCUACGUCAUCCGGCGGGAACUGGAUUCCGGUAACAAGUUACCGUUGAUGAUCUCUUUCUCUGAUACCUGUG